AUGGCAUUCUCCUCAGUAUACAUGGCUUUGGAGCCGUAUCUAGACAUCCCCUUCAACGCAUCUCUCAGCGGAAUCCUCUUCCUCGCUUACCGCUGUCUCAUCUCAAAGCCCAUCCUUCUCCUCACCAUCGUCUACACCACCAGCGCCAUCAUCGUCCUCUUUGAUCGAACCUCGACCAAAAAAGAAAUGGCCAAAACCAUGGCCGAACUACCCCUCGGCCUCGGCUCCGUCCUCUGGUUCAUCGUCUCAGGCAGAUCGACCAAAGUGCAAUGGCUCCACGCGUUCACCAUUUACGUCAACUUUGCUGUCUACGGCAAUAUUCUGAUGAUGGUCGCGACACCUUCUGGAGGGACCUUCCGUGGGAUUAGCUGCAAAGUCGCUUGCAUCUCUCUUUCAGCUUGGAUUAUUCUGCAAGGGUAUCAAGUGCAGUGGGAAACUAUCAUGCUACAUGACGACCUUUUUGUUUUCACCGCUGCUUCCAAGAGCUGGAUUUUUGCGCACGCAGCCUACCGAUUCAUUCUGCUCACGCUGCCAUGCUUUGGAUCCGGAAGACGUCACCGGCUCAUGGAGGUGUAUUCUCUUGGUCUGACGUAUUUAUUGUCAUGGAGUACUGGACUGCCGUUUGAGUACUGCUUCGGUAUGGCGGAUACAAUCGUGGCGCCGGCAGUCACAGCGUGGUCAUCCAUUUCCAAGACUUUUAAUCUUAUUCCACGUGAUGCAGGAAACGGUCAGCCAUCUGCGAACGGUAUCUCGGACACUGGAGAUGUAUACCUGGGAAUCGUUGCACUUGCUGUAGCUGCUUAUGCAGGCCUUAACAUGCUCUCUCUAGGUCGUCUUGUAUUUUAG